GUUUUAGGCAAAUUCCCAUUGUCCUCUGAGGAUUGGCCUUUUAAUUUCGCCUCAUGUUUGGCCACCAUAAAAGAAGAGGGCUGUUGUCGGAACCUCCACUUCAAAUAACUUUAUAGCCCACGCAUACGCCCCAACAUUUCUUACACAUUCUGCUCCAAUCGAUGUCAUCCUCUGAAAGCCGUGUUACAUUUGGGAACGUACCUGGGGGACCCUCAAGGCGUUUCGGUCCUCUACACCGAAGUACGAGACCUGCUCGUUCUAUUAUGCGAAGAUCGAAAGCGCAUGUCCAUCAUCUGGCAUUGGGUCGAGUAGAUCAGGUUCGUUCAGGUUUCUCUUUGGCUGGGGGCCCGCAGGAUAUCUCGAAUACGCGCCAGCAUCCCACCCGCCCUUCGAGCACAAGGAAAGCGAAUAGUCUUGCGCCUCACAUACAUUACGUCGGAUCGCGGAGACAGGGUGUAUUUGCCUUCUCACCCUCAAUCACUCCUUCAUCCCGAUCCUCCUCACAUCACAAACGUCAUUCUUCUACUAGCAGUGAUUCCAGCAGGAGUCAUUCUCGCCAUCAUCGCAGCGUGUCCCAGCCUGGACGAUCCGCCACAUCGACAUCCCAUAGCCACGGUCACAAACGGGCAUAUUCUGAUUUCACGCCCUCCAGGAAUGCUUUAGAAACAGGAUCUCAUGCACAUAGUCACCGUUCUAAGUUGAUCUCUAAUUCCCACAAACGUGAUCAUCGGAGGAGGUCAAGUGGUGAUCCUUUCGUUUUAGUCCCCACGCAUUCGCAUGGAAUACAAAUUUCCCCGCCACAACAUUCGGGUUCAGUUCAGACCAACGAAUCUUUUUCUCGAGUUUUUGUGUUUCCGCUUCAUCACUCUGGUUCUCCAUUCAAUUUACAGAGUUUGGGAUAUACACUUCCGUCCACUCCCUACGCUGUCCAUAGCCCUUUUCAUCCUACUCCUCACAAUAGUUACGCCGAUUCUACGUAUCUUCCGAGCAUGGCUGAAUCGGAUCAUUGGACUCAUUCAACACCAUCCGUUAUGCCCCCGCAGUCGGAACGUGUUCAUCUUCAUUCAGAAUUAAUAUAUGGUACUGGGCAUAUGCUGCAAUGGAAUAUGAUACUGCCUCCUCAGACCACUAUCAGCGGUUUCAGCAAUCCCUCGUCCAACAUAGCAAUCUAUUCUGGUGUCUCUGCAUUGGAUUCCGCCACGCAAGACUUGCUUCAUUCUCCCGCUUGUCCCGGUGCAGCCAAGAUUAUCAUUCGUCAUGGGAAGAAUAACCAAGCGCUUGGUCUGUGGAUGGAAAAAUGGGGACCUCUCGAAGUCUAUCCAUCGUCUUUGACUUUCGAAAACGAGAUAACCGUGUUCGAAGUCCUCCAUGCAGUGUACUCGUAUUUUCAAGUCCGCCUAACCAGUCAAGCCACUGCAGAAAUGCCUAUGGAGUCUCAACAGCGUAUAACGCUUGCCCGGGCCAAGCGAGUCACCUUUGAGGAUCAGAUGGCUGAUAAGGCUGAGUGGAAUCGGCCACCAAAGAGGGUCGAUGUUCUGGCUUUAUGGUGUGUGUUUGGUGGGUUCGAUGUACAUUAUAACAACGGCGACGGAUAUACGAAGCUGGACGAGCCUGGGUGGAGGGUUGUUGAACUGGAAAUGAGAUUACGAAGCGUGUAGACGACGGUUUCGCCCAAUUUUUUUUUCUCUUCUCCUUAUUUUACCAUGCACCAGACAUACCUCACUUAACGACGUUGAUGACCUUUUACGAUUCUUCUCACUGCUUCCUUUAAUUCUAACAUAUUGUUCAAGUUGUAUCACCGCUUCAUUCAUCUCUACUAGCAUAAUGUAUCGCUCGCAUUCUCCAUAUUUAUUACGGGCUUUCGACAGCUUUCGACGUCUGUAUCUUCACUGUAUUUCUUACGUAGUAUUUCUUCUGUGUAUACUGAUAUUAUGUACAGCAAUUUUGCCAACUAAUGCUAUCACUCCUGGAAGAAAUCGCAGG